CCACAUUUAGACAGACGUGCAAAAGACCCAGGAAGAACAUAAAAUGGACAGCAGCAUCUACAUGAUCCUUUUUCUCUUUCUUCAUGAAGUUUGUGAAUAUAAUUGCAGUGUUGCUCAUGUGGAUCAGGUUUUAACCGCUCAAGAGGGGGACAGUGUGUUGAUAUCUUGUCUUCUUUCAGAGAAUCAGGUACACCGAGCAUUAUGGUAUAAACAGGUUCUUGGAGAGAAACCUGUCCUAGUAGUGUCUUCAUAUCACUACUCUCAACCGAAUGAAUUUUCUCCAGACUUUAAAGAAACUCAACGAUUUCAUGCAGUGCGAACAGCUGGUAGUUUUAACUUAACCAUCCUGAGGACUUUGAAAUCUGAUUCAGGCACGUACUUCUGUGCCGCUGCCCUUGCCAACGUGGUUUCCUUCGAGACUGGAACUAUUCUGAUGGUUAAAGGUGCAGACCUACAAACUGCUGUUAUACAACAGCCUGUGCUUGGUGUUAUCAAGCCAGGAAGCAAUGUGACUCUGCAGUGCUCGGUGCAAGUGAAAAUGUGUGAUAAAGGAGUACAACUAGUCUACUGGUUCAGACAGGGUUCAGACACAGUCCAUCCAGGAAUGGUUUACACUCAUGGAGACAGGAACGACGAGUGUGGAAAGAACUUGGCAGCCUCCACUUCUAAAGCGCAGAGCUGUCUCUACAACCUCCCCAAGAUGAACGUGGGUCUCUCUGAUGCUGGAAUGUACUAUUGCGCUGUGGUAACUUGUGAAGAAGUUGUAUUUGGAAACGGCACAACGUUGGUCAUUAAAGAUGAAUUUAAUAAUGAGAGUCUGCAGUAUUUUAUUGUGAUUGGCCUUGCAGUGGCGUUUACAAUCAGCCUUAUCAUCAAUCUGAUGCUCUGCUUACCAAUGAGAAGAAAAGUUAGAACGCCUCAACAAAUCCUGACUACUAAUGACGAUACAACCAGAGUUGAGUAUGACAUUAACUAUGCUGCCCUGAACUUUUCCACAAAAAGAGGUCAGAGAAAGAGGACCUCAGAGGAGACGGUGUACUCUAGACCCAUGUUGCGCGAUAAUAUCUGAAACCUAUUGCCUCUGAUUGUCGAAUCACAUCAUAUUUAACGCAAACUCCAGGAGUGCAUUAAAAAAUACAGCAUAUUUGUGACUCUAAUGAUAAAACUUCCUCUGCUUAUUAUGCAACGUGUUAAACGUGUUAACAUUUCUGUAUAAAAGAAACAACGUGCAAAAUUAUAUAUAAAAAAGCAUAACCACAUCCUGUUAGGGUAUAUGUGAAAGUAGUGUGUUCAUCAACUUGAAUAAACAUCUCAACUUUUUUUAGGUCAACCUUCUCUAAUUCAUUUAUUCAUCCCCAACACUGUAUGGUUACUUCCUCUACAACGCAGCAUGUGUGUUAAAUAGUUCAUCUCAAUGCUAUGCACUCGAUUUGACCUUCCGCUUCCAGUAAAAGUAGUACAGGAGAUAUCAACUAUAUUUAACAUAUCAUUCAAGUCAAGUUACCUUUAUUCAUAUAGUGCUUUAUACAAUACAGAUCGUUUCAAAGCGUGAUAACAGAAAAAGUGAAUAGUUUCAUUGUUCAGUUGAAGUCAGUUCAGUGUAGAUUCAGUUCCAUGUAAAGAUAAUCAGUAACUCAAUAUUUUCAUGUUUUCUGCAGAAAACAGUGAUGUCAUCGUCCAUCUCAGUUCAGUUCAGUUCUCCAAUAGUGUCAGUGGAGUCAAAUCAAUAAUAUUGUUGACUAUUAAGUGUCCCCGACUAAAGAAUCCUGCGGCGACCUCCUUCUUUACUCAUCAUGCUCAGACUGCCGAGAAAUAAAUUCAACAUGAGUCAGCACUUUUAACACAUUUUACUUCGGUAAUAAUGUGACAUACUGUAUUUGGAGAAAAAGAGAUGGUGCAUUUUUGAGGUUAAUUUCCAUGCAAAUCAUAGAACUGGUUUCCAUAGUUUCAGCGGAAGACUUGUCUUCUUCUUUGGAAUAGUAAAAGUACAUUUUCUUUGGAAUAGUAAAAGUAAAUUUGGAUUAGAUUUGGAUUAAUGCUGACCAGACAUUUUUAUUUCCAAUACGAGAACAGGAUGCACCUCACCUGAAAAAGUCACAUGACAUAUUAAAACAAGAAAAAAAAUCAAAGACAGGACUUGCUUUUGUACAUUGGCAAUUGAUUGGAUGGUUGUGGUUUGCUAUUGGUUGAUCUUAUGUGAGUGACAGGUUUCCCCGCCCUCGCACAGUAGUACACGUCAUUAGAGAAGAGAAAAAUGAUGUGCAAUGAUAAAUCAUUU